ACUUUGCGUGCAUUGAUACUGAGCGUUAUCGGCAUGAGUAACUAUUAUACGCGUACCAAUGUGAACAUGGAAAUGAUGUCAUAAUCAAGGAAGGCGGGAAAUCGACAAACAAAACUACAUACCGCUGUAAGGUUGGGCUCUGUAAUGCAUGCCUCACGUAGGUGUUGUCAUCAAUAUUAAAACGAGAAGUAUAGAGGUAAACUCUUCUGAUUUUUAGUAUGAUGAUCAGCCAAGGGAACGUCAUUUUGCCAGUGGUAUAAAGGAUUCAGAAGGAUAUUCAUCUUUAGAUGAGGUUUUAAGACCAACGAGCUCCCACCGAGUGCACUUCAUUCCGUAAAAAGUUGGACUGCUCACUUUGAGAUGUUUACGUUGGCUUUAAUCCCCGUGCAAUGAUGACUCUAUUGGACGGUCAACUUGGGUUUCGACGCGAAUCUUCUUUAGACAGCAACGAUCCCGCUGAACUAGAAGCACUUACAAGCACCGAUAUGACGUCGAGCAGUAGUCAACAGGAAACGAUCACCAAAGACGACUACGAUGGCGAUGUCGAAGAUGACACGGAUACCGACUCGAAUAUCCAACCGACGAUUGCAAGUCGAAUCUCUCUCGCGCGAACGUACGCGCUUUGUAUAGCAUUGGGAUUCCUGGGAGCGCAUUACUACUAUCUGGGCAUGCGCACAAAAGGUCUUCUCUACACUGCUACUCUGGGCUUCUUCGGGAUUGGUUGGUUGAUAGACUGGUUCCGGUUACCAUCUAUUGUUGAGUCUGUUCGUAGGAUACGACGUGAGGAGGCUGAGAAUGGUUACGUACUCUAUGCCGUACCCUUUGGUGAAUUGGAGGAAAGAUCUCUGAUGAAUGCAUACCUUUAUGCUAUUCCACCUUGGGGACUCUUUGGAAUGCACCACAUGUAUCUCGGAACUUUUCGGAAAAACGACGCCUUUAGCCUGCUAUACACAGCUACACUCGGCUUUAUUGGGUUCGGAUGGCUCUUCGACCUUUUCCGUAUCCCGAUACUUGUCCGAAGGGCGAACGAAGACAUCCGAGACCUCCGUUCGGGAAAACCCGUCUCCUCGAGUCCUGCGUGCACACUCCACCUUGACACUGCUUAUUCUUUAGUCUUUCCUCUAGGUUUUUUUGGACUUCACCACUUCUACAUGAGGCGUUAUUUCUAUGGAUUUGCUUAUCUUUUCACCUUUGGAAUGGCUGGUGUCGGAGUCUUGGUUGAUAUUUUACGAUUGCCGGUUAUCUUCAAGCGAACAAAAACAGAACUGAAAGACUUAAGAUUUUCUCUAUAUCACUUGGACGAUACAUAUUUCCUGUGGUUUACUCCAUUAGGGCCGUUUGGGCUUCAUCACUUCUACUUACGCAACUGGAAGAUGGGCGUGGCCUAUUUAUUCACAUGUGGAUUCCUUGGCGUAGGUUGGCUAAUUGACGCGUUCAGGAUGCGCUCAUUGGUUGAAGAAAGCAAUAUUAAAUUAGACACAGAUCUACUCUGGGAUCACCAUUUUGUUAAAGAAGCAAAGAGUAAAGGAAAUAUGAAUAUCUUUAUUGAUAGUAAACUAUUCAAUUAUCCAAUCACCGAUGAGGAUUCGAACAUUCAGGUAUAUGCCUUCCCUUUGCGGCCAAGCGGGAAGCCAUCCUGGUUGCUAGGGUGGGCGUGGUCACCUACAUCAUCAGACCCACCGUUGGCCAAUCAGAAUGGGUUUACCACAUCGGAAGAGGAGCCGAGCCAAACUGAAACAAGAAAUAAAACCCCAUUGGUGGGGGAAACUUUAGAAGGAGCUGUGGGUUGGACAAUAGAUACCCACGAAAAUUAUGAAGUUACUAUUGCAUAAUAGUGAGAUGUAUAUAGUGAAAAUACAAUGGCCCGUAUUCUGAAGUCAGGUUUAACUUAGACCAUGUCUAACUCUGCGCUAUAUUUCAUAUAUGUAUACAUCAUAUUGGUAAUAAUAUGAGAAGUGAGAUUUUAUAGAUAAAGUCAAUGGCGACAAUAGUCAAAUAUGACUAAUUGCCACUCAAACCAACAUAAGAAGAAGAAGAAUCUAAAUUUAUGGGAAGCCAAAGGUGUCAAAAUUUUUAUUAAGUUGUACGUUUCUUAUGUCUACUGUGCUCUUUCUAGCUGAUUCAUCGAUGGUGAAGACAAUCAUCUAUUUAUACUUCCUAUAUAAUUAUGAAUUAUUUGAGAGCCAAAUGAGCUGAAAUAUGAUAUCUCUACUGUUAGUGAUUUAUGUAACAAUUGGCUUUCCAUACUGAAACCACCACUUUAAACAUGAGUUUAAGUUAAACCCGACUUCAGAAUACGGGCCUAUAUCGUCUGUAAUAGCACGUUCAAAGUUUGACCACUGAAAUGUAGGGUAUUAGCCUCCAACCAUAAAUGCUCAUCACAUCCAAAUAAUUUCUGACAUGCAACAUGGAGAAUUACGAUAUAGACGACCUAUUAAUGAUUUUUGUGAAGUAGGUAUAACCGAGUAUAAACAAGAGUGGAUCGAAAUGGGCAUUUUUAUUUUUUUCGGAAUGGGGUAAGAGAUGAAUGUUCUAUUUUAGCUCGGUCCUUAAAUGUCAUGAUAUCUUUAUUCUCGAUUAUGCUUAACGUACGCUAUCGAAGAAAAUUCAAUUCUUAUUUUAAAAACUUGUUUUUUUUUUAUUUGAGUUCUGUAAAUGGUGAGUGUGGUACAUGCCUUAUUUAUUUGUAUAGCACUGUUAGGUAUACAAUGACUGUUCAUACGUCCAUGUAAUCAUGAUUGCAGAAAGUAUCCAUAAUAUGGGCUCCCGUGGUUUACCUGCAUGCAAGAUUUUCUUAGACAGACAUGGCACAUUAUAAAUAUUCACUAUCAUUAAUCAUCAUUAUUAAGAUAAAAUCAAACUAUACUCCCCUGAUAUCUCAAGACAAACCUGACAUAGAAUGACAUAUAUGUUUUCUAAAACUUCUGAAAAUGUGAAAAAAUUGUUUGCUUGACAUAAUUUGAACAUUUGAACAACCAGUUAUCGGGAGGAGAGACCUGCGGGUCACAGUUCUGUGUGCGCGCCCUUGUAGGCGACCCAGAUUGGCUGGCUCCUCCAAUGCGCCUUUGAAUGUCUUUGACAGAUAUAUGGCGUUAUACAAAUGCUGUGCAUCUUCAUCAUCAUGAUGAAAAUAAUCCUUUUUAAUAAUAUAAAUAAAGAACAACAGCGUUUAUUACACAUAAUUUUACUUUUGAGAUUGGAGUUGAGACUACAGGACAAUGAAUAAGAUCAUUUUAUACACUCCGCUGAUACGUGUGCCAUAUAUGCAUUGCCUAUAAUGUAACACAAUAUGUUAAGCAUUAUUAACCUGAUGGAUAUGAAUAAAACCUAGUUUGCAACUUUCUGCG